UUGUUUUCCUUUAGAAGUCCAACAACGAAGGUCCAAUCCACCAACGCCAUUACCUUUUACUUUUCUUCUCCCCAUUUAUAUCAAAAACAAUCCAUAAUUAAUGGAAAUCCACCGCUUAAAAUUACUUUAAAUUCCUCCACUACCAUUUCCCCACUUCCUUCCAUGGCUCCAAUUCUCAUCCCCAAGCCCUCCACCGCCGUCCCCGCUGCCAUUUUUUUCUCUCUCUUCCUCACCUCCCUCCUCGCCGCAUCGGACACCGUUCUUUCACCAGAAAAGCUCGGCAUCCGGCGGCGGGAGAAGCUGAGUCAUCUCCACUUUUACUUCCACGACAUCGUCAGCGGCCGGGACCCCACGGCGGUGUCUGUCGUCCCACCGCCGUCCAAUGCCUCACGGACUCUGUUCGGCGCGGUGGUGAUGACGGAUGAUCCGCUGACUGAACGACCGGAAAUUGGGUCGAAGUUGCUGGGAAAAGCUCAAGGAUUUUACACGGGGGCGUCGCAAACGGAAUUUGGGUUCUUGAUGGUAAUGAAUUUUGCGUUUGUAGAAGGGAAAUAUAAUGGGAGUUACUUGAGCAUCUUGGGGAGGAAUACGGUUAUGUCCGCCGUGAGAGAGAUGCCGGUGGUCGGCGGCGGUGGGCUUUUCCGGUUUGCUCGCGGGUAUGCUCUGGCAAAGACUUAUGCCGUGAAUUUCAGCUCCGGCGAUGCCGUUGUGGAGUAUAAUGUCUAUGUCUUUCACUACUAAACAAAACGUAUUUGGGAAUUUUUCUUUCUUCCUCUCUUUUUCUUUUUUAAAGUUUAUGUAGCGACCAUAUAUGAAAGUGAACCUUAGGUUUAAAUUCAAAAUAUUAUGUGGGGUGGUUCACAAAAUUUAAAUUAAAUAGUAGAUUUAAAUUUCUAUGUUGGUA